UCCCAUUACAACUUCACCUCUCUCCAUUGCUCAGAUACGAUUCACUUCUUCUUCAUCAUCAUCAUCAUCAUCAUCAUCAUCGCCACCAGCAAAACCCCCCAGGUCACAUGCAAGGCGACAAAGAAUAUUGUGGCCUCGAAGAUUAUGGCCUGGUGGGCGACAUGCACACCUGUGCCCUGGUCAGCAAGAAUGGCAGCAUCGACUCCAUGUGCUGGCCGGUCUUUGAUUCGCCCUCCAUCUUCUGUCGCAUUCUCGACAAAACCAAGGGCGGCCACUUCUCCAUCACUCCCAGUCGUGGGCUGCACAACCCCUUAAGCAAGCAGCGCUAUCGCCCCUACACCAAUAUGCUCGAGACCCGUUGGAUCCAUGAUGAGGGGGUCAUCAAUAUCCUCGACUAUUUCCCCAUCACCAAGCCCAAGUCGCCUGUCGUGGGAAGUCAAGAGCUGCCCGAAUGGUGCCAUUGCAAUCAGCCCAAUCUCGCCGGUCAACCCCAGCAUGCGUGUCGUUCCGGUCUGAUCCGCAAGGCGGAAUGUGUGCGGGGCGAGAUGGACAUCGAGAUCGAGCUCUUUCCCGCCUUCAACUAUGCCCGGGACUCUCACGCCGCUCAGUUGUCGCGGGGAGAUGGGGUUCAUCGGGCCCACUUUCAGUCCGCAGCCCAGCGACUCGAGGUCAGUCUGCUGGUGGAUGCGGGGGAAUUGGCCGCGGACGCGCGAUUGAGGCCGGAACUUCAACUGACGGAGCGACCGGGUCACCUGGGUCCUGGUUUGGUCGGCAAGGUCACCUUAAGAGAAGGCCAGUCGAUCACAGUCCUCCUUCAUGAUCAGGAGGCAAUCACCUCCAGUGCCUUGGUGUUGGCCCCGGAGCUGAGACGGAUGGAGCGCACGACGGGCGACUUCUGGUCCGACUGGACCAGCAAAUGUACUUUCCGUGGACAUUACCGCGAACAAGUGGAGCGAAGCUUGUUGGUGCUCAAACUACUCACCUACAAACCCACCGGCGCAAUCGUGGCGGCACCGACGUUUUCCCUCCCCGAGCACAUUGGGGGCAGUCGCAAUUGGGACUAUCGCUACUCGUGGGUGCGCGACGCGGCUUUCACGGUCUACGUCUUUUUGAAGAACGGCUACCCCGAGGAGGCAGAAUCGUACAUCAACUUCAUCUUCGAUCGCAUUUUUCCCCCCCUGUCCCAGAGCGCCAAGCCCGGGGAUCCGUUCUUGCCCAUCAUGGUCACCAUUCACGGCGAACGGGAAAUCCCCGAGAUGGAACUUGAUCAUCUUGAGGGAUAUCGGGGAAGCCGACCGGUCCGAAUUGGCAACGGGGCGGCCACCCAUAUCCAGCUCGACAUUUACGGGGAGCUGAUGGACAGCAUCUACCUAUACAACAAGCAUGCCGCCGACAUCUCCUACGACCACUGGCUUGCGAUCCGUCGCAUGGUCGACUUCGUGAUUGAGGUUCGCCAUCAACCCGAUCAGUCCAUCUGGGAAGUCCGCGGAUCUCCGCAGAACUUUGUUUAUUCCAAGAUUAUGCUGUGGGUCGCGCUCGACCGCGGCAUUCGACUGGCGGAGAAACGCUCGAAUUUACCCUGUCCCGGACGCGCCCGGUGGGUACAGGAGCGAGACGACUUGUACGACGAGAUCAUGACCAAGGGGUACAACGCGGAAAAAGGAUUCUUCUGCAUGAGCUACGAGAACCGAGAUGCAUUGGAUGCGGCGGUGCUCAUUGCUCCGCUCGUCUUCUUCAUCGCUCCAAACGACCCUCGUCUCUUGAGCACGAUUCAGAAGAUCAUGGAGCCUCCGGCCCGGGGAGGAUUGAGUGUAGCCAACAUGGUAUCGCGAUACGACACUGGAAAAAUUGAUGAUGGUGAGUGUAUCCAUUCAGUGCGUACGGGUCUCACUGCGGUACUGACAUGCACAAUAGGAGUUGGGGGAAACGAGGGUGCAUUCUUGAUGGUGACCUUUUGGCUUGUUGAAGCGAUGAUGCGCGUACGUACCACCUUCCUGAUGUUUGCUUCUGCCUUCCGCUCGUCAUCUAAUCCGGCCGCGCUGUACAUCCAGGCUGCCCGAUCUAAGGAGUAUCUGCCUCAUAAUCAAUUCUUCAAGCAGCUGCGGAGAACGGCCACUUCACAGUUCGACAGUAUUCUGUCAUUUGCAAACCACCUGGGCAUGUUCUCGGAAGAGGUAGCCUCAUCCGGGGAGCAGAUUGGUAACAUGCCGCAAGCAUUCAGUCACCUCGCCUGCGUCAGUGCCGCGAUGAACCUAGGGGGAGGGGAGAAAUAAAAGAUAUCGGAUAGGAUACAGCAUACAGCAUACACGUUCUCUGUGUCGACAUAAAUGUAGUUACCAGAAGUCUUGUAGAGAUCAAACAAUUUCAGAACCCAAAGCAGGCUGCGUUGCGUCUUAGCCUAGUGACCUGAUC